AGACCUUAGAGUUCCAUAACUCUAACCUAAUAAAUACCUUCUUUAGCACAACAGAAGGCAUCUCCCUGCGAAGGCAGCACAGUAGCUGAGAAAUCUAGUGGUAAAGUGACUGGUCUCUGCCUUAACGUUUUACAUCAGUGGGGAAAAAAGUUAAUUUUCUCCCUGACCCAGAAUUAUGGAUAUAAAAGAUCGAAGGCACCGCUCUUUGACAAGAGGCAGGUGUGGGAAGGAAUGUCGCUAUACAAGUUCUUCACUGGACAGUGAGGACUGCAGAGUACCUACUCAGAAGUCCUAUAGUUCAAGUGAGACACUGAAGGCUUAUGAUCAUGACACCAGAAUGCACUAUGGAAAUCGAGUUACCGACCUAGUUCACAGAGAGUCUGAUGAGUUUCCAAGACAAGGAACUAACUUCACCCUUGCUGAACUAGGACUUUGUGAGCCCUCUCCCCACCGAAGUGGCUACUGUUCGGACAUAGGGAUACUUCACCAAGGCUAUUCCCUCAGCACUGGGUCUGAUGCUGACUCAGAUACAGAGGGAGGAAUGUCUCCAGAGCAUGCCAUACGGCUGUGGGGGAGAGGGAUUAAAUCCAGGCGCAGUUCCGGUCUGUCAAGCCGUGAAAAUUCUGCCCUUACCCUGACUGAUUCUGACCAUGACAAUAAAUCAGAUGAGGAAAACGGUAGGCCUGAUUCUCCCAUAAAUUUCAUAAUUUACAUCUACAGGUGCAUAUAAGGGGUCAAAGUUUUGCCCUAUAAUAUAGUAUAAAAGUUUUCUUUGCCCAU